AUGGAUUCAAACAAGAAGCCACUACUCUUCCUAGAUAUGAAACUGCGUGACUACCCAACGGACCCUAUCAAAACCCUCAUUGACUCCGGAGCCACCUCCAACUUUAUAUCCCCCUCCUUAGUAGAACAACUUAAAAUCCCAAAAACCCUACUCAAAAAUCCACGAGUAGUGAGAAUGCUAGACGGUACCAUUUCCCAGACUGGUCGCAUUUGGCACCAGGUUCAACUCGCGGUCUCGACCAAUGGCCACCCCCACACUAUUCCCUUCCUUGUUUGCCCCAUAGGCAACACACCGGCUAUCCUAGGCAUGACAUGGUUAACGGCAGAAGCUCCUUUGAUUGAUUGGCAACAGGGACAAAUCACCUUCCCUGAACAAGUUCAAAUUGCCUCUGAAGAAGAAGCGGACUCAGACCCUUUAGCAGAUCUCCCUGCUCAAUACCAAGAAUUUGCUAAAGUCUUUGGCGAAGAAGAAUUUAAGGUCCUCCCCCCACAUAGGGAGUAUGACAUCUCUAUAGACCUUGUCCCAGACGCCAAAUUGACCCCUGGCCCCAUAUACGGCAUGACGGACGCGGAAUCUAAGGCGUUGAAACAACACAUUGACGAGGAAUUGGCCACAGGAAAGAUCCGACCCAGCACCUCCUCCGCAGGUGCCCCGGUUAUGUUUGUCAAGAAGGCAGAUGGCUCCCUCAGAUUGGUAGUUGACUACAGGAAGCUGAAUGACGUCACGCAUAAAAACGUCUACCCGCUUCCCAGGCAAGAUGACCUCAUGGCCAAAUUAAGACACGCCAAAAUGUUCACCAAACUGGAUCUACGCUGGGGUUAUAACAAUGUCCGGAUCAAGGAAGGAGACGAAUGGAAGACGGCUUUCAGAACAAAGUACGGGUUAUUUGAAUACCUGGUGAUGCCCUUUGGCCUUACCAAUGCCCCAGCCGCCUUCCAACACUUCAUGAAUGAUCUAUUCAGGGACCUUAUUGACGUCACCGUAGUCAUCUAUUUGGACAACAUAUUGAUCUUUUCAGAAGUCCCAGAAGAACACCCGGCCCAUGUAAGGGAAGUCCUAUCCAGGUUAAUGGCAAAUCAACUCUUCUGCAAACUCUCAAAGUGUCAUUUCCAUGUAACCACGGUCAAUUACUUAGGCAUUGUCAUCUCCCCCGCUGGAUUCUCGAUGGACCAGAAGAAAAUAGAAGCAGUAACAACAUGGCCCACACCUAAAACGGUCAAGCAGGUCCAGGCCUUCCUAGGUUUUGUUAAUUACCUUCAACGGUUCAUCCCCAAUUUCAGUUCGGUUGCACGCCCCCUCCAUAAUCUCACAAAGAAGGAAUCCUCUUGGUCAUGGGGGAAUUCAGAGGAAACUGCGUUCAAGGAAUUGAAGACAUUGGUCACUCAAUCCCCGGUUCUGAUCCACUCCAACCCCGAGCUUCCCUAUUACCUGGAAACAGACGCUUCAGGAGUAGCUAUGGGCGCCAUCUUGAGUCAAAGAGGUCCAGAUAAUCGGCUGCAUCCCAUCGCCUAUAUGUCUAAAUCCUUCUCAGGAGCAGAAGCCAAUUACAACACCCAUGACAAGGAGCUCCUGGCUAUCAUCAAAGCGCUAGAGGAAUGGAGGAUAUUCUUGGAAGCAACGGACAAGCCGGUACAGGUCUUCACGGAUCAUAGGAACCUGGAGUAUUGGAUGCAGGCACGGACAUUUAACCAUAGGCAUGCCCGAUGGCGCAUAUUCCUGAGCGAUUUCAACUUUGAGAUCCACUAUCGCCCAGGAAAGCAAUCAGGGAAACCAGACGCCCUGUCCAGACGAUCGGACUACGUUGAUAUAUCACCAGAACCAGAAGUAAUGCUCCCUGCAGAGGUCUUUGCCAAUACAUCAGAAGAGGAGAUGGAAAUUGUCACGGAGAUACGCUCCAAGCUAAGGGAAGACCCAUCCCUUGAGCCUAUCAUCCAGUUCCUAACCAAAGACGCCGAUAACGCUCCCCCCUCCAUUCGGAAGGCUUACAGAGACUACGACUGGGAGGAGGAUUUACUAUGGUAUCGAGGGAAACUUGUGGUCCCAGACUCAGAGGCCCUGAAGGAACAAUUACUCAGGGAAUUUCAUGACUCACCACUAGCGGGUCACCCGGGUCAACAGAGAACCCUUGAACUCCUAAGUUGUAACUACUGGUGGCCAGGGAUGAAAUCAUCAGCCAAGGAAUGGGUAGAAUGCUGCCCAAUUUGUCAAGCCAACCGACGCGCUCAUGCUCCUGUCAUCGCCCUUAGACCCCUAGAAGUCCCCCCUUUCCCGUUCCACACCAUCUCCUAUGACUUCAUUACAGGGUUUCCCAAGUCCCAAGGUCACGACGCUAUACUGGUGGUAAUAGACUCCUUCUCCAAAUUUGGCCACUUCAUCCCCACUUCCAAGAAGGUCACAGCAAGGGGUCUGGCGGAUCUAUUCAUUACCCACGUCUGGAAACUCCAUGGUCUACCUGUCAAAACAGUCUCGGAUAGAGGAACUACCUUCACGGGGAAAUUCCUAAGGGCACUUUACCAGCGACUUGGAGUGAAACCAGCAUUCUCCUCGGCUUAUCACCCAGAGUCAGAUGGGCAAACAGAAAGAGUCAACCAGUUCAUCGAAUUUUACCUACGCUCCUACGUAGCAGCCGAUCAUUUGGAUUGGGCAGCUUGGUUACCAUUGGCAGAAUAUGCGUACAAUAAUGCCAAACACGCAGCAACAGGAAAAUCACCCUUUGAACUGGUCUACGGACAAAACCCAGUGAUGAACCCUUCCAACGUCCCAGCCAACGUACCAGAAGCAGACAAUGUAGCAGACACACUAGCCCGGGAAUGGAAGGAAGCCGAGUCAGCCCUCAGACUAAGCAAAGAACGGAUGACCAGGAACCAAGGAACAGUACCGGAGUACUCGAUAGGAGAAAAAGUCUGGCUGGAUGGAAGGAACGUAGAACUCAGGACCAAUUCAAACAAGUUGGACCCCAAACGCCUUGGUCCCUUCAAAAUCCUUGAGAAAAUCUCCAGCCACGCCUACCGCCUAGAACUUCCGGAAACUCUGAAAAUCCAUGACGUCUUCUAUGUUGGAUUGUUGUCAAAGAGCCACGAGUCACCAAGUCAACCAUUUCCGGAACGACCUCCCCCUGAAACAAUAGAAGGGGAAGAGGAGUAUGAAGUUGAACAGAUCAUCGACUCAAAACGUCAAAAGGGAAAGUGGUUCUACCUGAUAAAGUGGAAAGGUUACGGUCCAGAAGAUAACUCCUGGGAACCCGAGGAACUCCUAGAACAUAGCCAAGAGGAGAUCCAACGCUUCAACAAGUCGCGACUGAAAAAGGCUUGUGACUCCGCCAAGAGCCUUUAA